AUGUUAACAUCGAAUAAUACUAUAAUGUAUUGUUGCUUCACUAACCUUUGUCUUAUUUUUCCAGAAGCUAUAAUAAUUGAUGGAGAAACGAAAGCCGAUAAAACGACGACUGAGGGACAAACAACCGUCGCUGAUCAAACAGAUGAAGACUCAUUCGCGGUACCGUCUGUCCAAAUAGAUGAUGGAGACAUGGGUGCUCAUCAACGAGAGAUUGAGGAAGAAACAACCGUCGUUAAUCAAACAACUGAAGACUCAUUCGCGGUACCGUCUGUCCAAAUAGAUGAUGGAGACAUGGGUGCUCAUCAACAAAAGAUUGAGGUAGAAACAACCGUCGUUAAUCAAACAACUGAAGACUCAUUCGCGCAACCGCCUGUCCUGAUAGAUGAUGGAGACAUGGGUGCUUAUCAACGAAAGAUUGAGGAAGAAACAACCGUCGUUAAUCAAACAACUGAAGACUCAUUCGCGGUACCGUCUGUCCUGAUAGAUGAUGGAGACAUGGGUGCUCAUCAACAAAAGAUUGAGGUAGAAACAACCGUCGUUAAUCAAACAACUGAAGACUCAUUCGCGGUACCGUCUGUCCAAAUAGAUGAUGGAGACAUGGGUGCUCAUCAACGAAAGAUUGAGGUAGAAACAACCGUCGUUAAUCAAACAACUGAAGAUUCAUUCGCGGUACCGUCUGUCCUGAUAGAUGAUGCAGACAUGGGUGCUCAUCAACGAAAGAUUGAGGAAGAAACAACCGUCGUUAAUCAAACAACUGAAGACUCAUUCGCGGUACCGUCUGUCCAAAUAGAUGAUGGAGACAUGGGUGCUUAUCAACGAAAGAUUGAGGAAGAAACAACCGUCGUUAAUCAAACAACUGAAGACUCAUUCGCGGUACCGUCUGUCCAAAUAGAUGAUGGAGACAUGGGAGCUCAUCUACGAAAGAUUGAGGUAGAAACAACCGUCGUUAAUCAAACAACUGAAGACUCAUACGCGCAACCGCCUGUCCUGAUAGAUGAUGGAGACAUGGGUGCUCAUCAACGAAAGAUUGAGGUAGAAACAACCGUCGUUAAUCAAACAACUGGAGACUCAUUUGCGGUACCGUCUGUCCAAAUAGAUGAUGGAGACAUGGGUGCUCAUCAACAAAAGAUUGAGGUAGAAACAACCGUCGUUAAUCAAACAACUGAAGACUCAUUCGCGCAACCGCCUGUCCUGAUAGAUGAUGGAGACAUGGGUGCUUAUCAACGAAAGAUUGAGGAAGAAACAACCGUCGUUAAUCAAACAACUGAAGACUCAUUCGCGGUACCGUCUGUCCAAAUAGAUGAUGGAGACAUGGGAGCUCAUCAACGAAAGAUUGAGGUAGAAACAACCGUCGUUAAUCAAACAACUGAAGACUCAUUCGCGCAACCGCCUGUCCAAAUAGAUGAUGGAGACAUCGGUGCUCAUCAACGAAAGAUUGAGGAAGAAACAACCGUCGUUAAUCAAACAACUGAAGACUCAUUCGCGGUACCGUCUGUCCAAAUAGAUGAUGGAGACAUGGGUGCUCAUCAACAAAAGAUUGAGUUAGGAGAAACCGUCGUUAUUCGGACAAAUGAAAACUCGUUCGGAGAACCGACAAUCAUACUAUUUGACGGAGGAUCGAAAGCCGAUCAAACGACGACUGGUGAAGAAACAGACAUGUUCUCCGCAACAACAACAACAGACCUAAUCGAUGUAACGCCAGUCUAA